AUGAUGACGCCUAUCCUUGCCCCAUGUAUUCAAACUGAUUUUAAAAGUCAUGCUUUACUGAACUAAUAAACAGCAAAAAUUCCUGAGCCAUAAAGGAUCUUGCUACAAGAGACUAGUCUUUUGAGUAAGAGUGAAAGGCCUGAAAUAGAAAAUGUGACUCACGUGUCUCUUACAAAAGAGUCUAAUGAGCUCUUGGCCGAUGAAGAGGCAACUUAUAAAGAAGGCAGAUGGACAAAGGAGGAACACCUCAGAUUUGUGUCAGCACUUGAAAAGUAUGGAAGUAACUGGAUUAAAGUCUAGAAUGCGGUUAAGACCAGGUCUGCUGCUUAGAUACGCUCUCAUGCUUAGAAAUACAAACUUAAGAUGGCAUAUAUUGAGAGUUAGAGCAAACUACGUAGUAUAGCACAAAGAGAUAACUUCAUGUUUAAGAUUUUAAAGUCCAAGAAAAGAACGCUCCGUCUGAAAAUGCAUACCAAGUUAUUUGAGGUCAGAAAGUUUAAUAAGAAAUGUGCUCUUAAAGUCAAUAAUGACUCAAGUUCGACCACAUCUUCAGAUUCAAUGGUUGAAGUUAAUCAUUAACGAUUAAAUAAAGUACUAUUUACUACUAAAAGUAUUGUGCCGACUAAUUAAAAUUAAACUCAGAUAAUUACAAAAAAACUUGAUUACAGUUAAACUAAAAAGAUCUUUGAGAUCACUCAAGAACCCCGUGUUGCAGUGGAAAUUACACCAUUAUAACAGGUAGCCUAAAUUGUGCCAGCUUCACUCUAAACACACCAACCUCUACAAUAGAUAGGACUAAAUAGCAUAGAUUGCGCAAACUCAUCAACAUCAUGUGAAGAGGGUGCCCAUUCGUGUUAUUCAAAGUAAUUUUAACCGACAAUUUUGAUUCAAGAUGAUAUCCAACAAAACAUCACUAAGACGAUGAUAUACGAAGACUUUACCAAACGAGAAUUGUAUUGUUAAGUGUAUAAAUAAUGA